AUGCCAACAAGCUCCAUCUUCCCUGCAAGACCUCCAAGACCAGAUGUCAAGCAGAUCAGAGCCGGAAUCGAAGCAUGCUUGGUCGUUCAACGGCGAGCACUCACAAUGGGCAAGAGGCCUUUCUCUGCCGCACUAGUUGGACCUGAUAACGAGACCGUAUUGCUCUCCCACCAGUCCAUCGAUCACGUCCAUCACGCAGAAUCCAGCCUGGCGAGACUUGCCUCUACACACUAUAAGCAAGAAUAUCUAUGGACAUGCACGUUGUACAGCACUUGGGAGCCUUGUGCAAUGUGCACAUCAACCUGUUACUGGGCCAACAUAGGACGCAUUGUAUAUGCAGCGGCCGAAACGCAACUGGCCGCAUUGACUGGCGCAGGCAAUGAUGAGAAUAUGACGAUGUCUAUGCCGUGCCGAGAUGUUUUGGUUAGAAGUCAGAGAGAUAUCGACAUUAUUGGACCUGUUGAAGGCCUCGAUGAUGUUGUGAUUAGAGAGUCUGAUGUUUACUGGGCACCGUUGAGAGCAGAGGUCGCAGUCGCCAAGUAA